ACUUUCGCUGACGGAAAUAUCAUGCUCGUCCUUCGGCUCGCUUCCGCCGCUGCAGCUCACUUCGCAUCCUCGCGCUCAAUCAAAGUCAACUUUACUGGUGCCAGUGCUCAACGGCUGUCUCCUCAAUCUCUUACACCACCCACAAUGCUAUCAAUGACGUCGGGACUGACACGCUAGACCUCCCUUUAUUAUCGCGCAUGGGCUGUAGUACGUAGUUAUCAUCUAAACCCUCUUUUUUCUUCCCGGAGUCACUCGAGCCUUCUUUUGAGGCGGCGCUGGGGUCUUGCUGGCCGGCGCAGCAGCCCUCUUGCGCUGCUGCCGCUUUGGUCGUUUCUGAGCGGGGAGAUCCUCCUCUUGUUCUUCCUCGGCGCGUGAGCGUUUGCGGACGCUGGCCACAGUCACAAUGUCUUUGCGUAGCUUCGGUCGCUCCGGGGCUGCGGGUUCUUGUUCUUCCUCGGCGCGUGAGCGUUUGCGGACGCUAGCCACAGUCGCAACCUUCUUGCGCGGCUUCGGCUUCGGUCGCUCCGGGGGUGCGGGCUCUUGUUCCUCCUCGCUACGCAGGUGCUCUGGAAUCACUGCCACGACUGCAUCUAGCGGCGCGGCACCACUAACCCGGCGAUAGACCGGCCAAGUAUGCGGACCCGCCAGAUUUGGAACAUCGCUGUUUCGACCGCAUCCACGUGCUUUGGGGGACAAGCCAGAAUGGAUUCCGAGCGGAGAUCGUCGAAAGAAGCACCGCCAGCGUCAAAGGGCUCUCCAAGCUCCCGCUGGACGAAGAGGAGGUGGAAGAGAACGCAACCGACGCUCUGCACGCGCUCAUUGCGUUCAUGGAAAGUGAAUAUCAGACCCAGCUUCGACGCCCAAGAAUCGGGGCCGAGGCGUUUCUUCUUUUUUCGUUGCUCCCUGCUGUAGCGAAUCCAGGCUUUGAUAACCACAUGACGCUGGUCCCACAAUCGGAGGACAUUGCCAACGACCGGGAUAGCAGCGGAAAACACUUGAGCAAGGUUCGAG